UUAAUAUUUAGAUGAGAGGAGAUGUGAAUGGGUAUCAAAAUGGAAAAGAAAUGUGGAGUGUGAAGAUUAACAUAGAGAAAAGAAAAUUGGUGUAGGUAAUUGAGAAAAGUGGAGGAGCAAAUGGGGUGCCUUUAGGACUGACUUUCACAAGGUAAGAUAAUGGUGUUAUACGUCAUUUGAUAAUUACAAUUUACAAACCAACGGGACACACAAGGCUAAUUGCUUUGCGCCAUCUCCAAAGCUCCUCUCCCACUAUUAACCUCUUCAAACAAUUUAACUCUCUCUAUCGCCCAUUAAGAUGCCUACCUCCUCCUAUUUCACCAUUUUAUCCAACUCUUGUCUGGUAUUGCUCUUCCAAGCUUUCUUCAUCUCCAUCGCCGCAUCUUCUGAUCGUCACACGCCGGAGAACCAUAUCCGAACACGGGCGGGUGCACCCUUUAAAGUUGCGUUAUUUGCCGACUUGCACUUCGGGGAGAACGCCUGGACGGAUUGGGGCCCCAAACAGGAUGUCAAUUCUAUCAAGGUUAUGUCUAGUGUGCUGGACACUGAAACUCCAGAUUUUGUAGUAUAUCUUGGAGAUGUUGUUACGGCUAAUAACAUCCCAAUUGCAAAUGCAAGCUUAUAUUGGGAUCAGGCAAUUUCUCCAACAAGAUCCAGGGGCAUUCCAUGGGCUAGUGUGUUUGGAAACCAUGAUGAUGCACCCUUUGAGUGGCCAAUGGAGUGGUUUGCAGCCUCUGGAAUUCCUCAGCUUGUUUGUCCUGUGCUGAAUUCGGGUGAAGAAUGUAGUUUUAGGGGAACAUCACGAUUGGAGCUAAUGAAAAAUGAGAUGGAUAAUAACGUCUUAUCUCUUUCUAAAAGCGGACCUCAAGAUCUAUGGCCAGGUAUAUCCAACUACGUACUCCAAGUCUUGUCGAAGGAGAAACCACAUACGCCUUUAGUGUAUCUCUACUUUCUAGAUUCUGGUGGAGGUACCUAUCCAGAAGUUAUAUCAACAGCUCAAGCUGACUGGUUCAAGCGCAUAUCUGAAGAAAUCAAUCCUGAUUCAAGGGUCCCAGAACUAAUCUUUUGGCAUAUACCAAGUAAAGCUUAUAAGAAGGUGGCUCCUAAGUUCAGAAUACACAAGCCUUGUGUGGGUUCCAUUAACAAGGAAAAGGUUGCUGCUCAAGAAGCUGAAAUGGGUAUCAUGAAGAUUCUUGUUAAAAGGCCAUCCGUCAAGGCAGUGUUUGUUGGGCAUAACCAUGGAUUGGACUGGUGUUGCCCAUACGGGCAGCUUUGGCUUUGCUUUGCUAGACAUACCGGUUAUGGUGGAUAUGGAAAUUGGGCUAGAGGAUCUAGAAUCCUUGAAAUCAAUGAGAGACCCUUCUCUAUAAGCUCUUGGAUUAGGAUGGAAGAUGGUUCAGUUCAUAGUGAAGUGAUCCUGAGUUAAUUCUCAACAAAUUAUUAGUCUCCGAGGUAUUGUGUCCUGUUUAUGCUAUAUUUAUCUGCCUUAUCAUUUUAUUGCAACUAAUUUCUUCUUCCGCAGAUGGUAAAAAGCCAAUGUAGGGACAUUUUAAGUUACAAAUUUGUGCAAUUUAUAGGGAGAUAGAAAUGUAAAAGUUAUAAUAUGAACACUUAUGGAUGAUUCUUUUAUUUUUGAACACAAUUAAAAUGUUUUGUUUUUUU